GGAAGCAUCGGAAUAAAAAAGAGGAGUCCACAGAAAACUUGAGAAAAACCUCUAAGACAGAAGAAGAGACACGGGAUCACUGAAAGGACAACUUUUUCUUCAUUCUUGAUCUUUUUUUUGCUUCUCCCAGAUUUAAUUCUCAUAUACAGGAUCUCACCUGAGCUUUUGGAGAUGAUGCUGCACGGCAUCUUUUUGCUCUUGAUGCUGUGGAGUUGCGAGGGCGCACGAUUGGCAGAGAGCCGUGAUGACAACAGCGUGUAUGACUUAUUUGAGCUGGCCCGGGUGAACAAGAGGAACCACGGCGUGAGUCUGGUGAAAGGCGUGGACCCCUACAGCCCGGCUUACAAGGUCCUGAACGCGGACCUGAUCCCCCCGAUCCCCGACGGCUCCUUCAGGGACCUGCUCGACUCCAUCCAGGCCGAGCGCGGCUUCCUGCUGCUGGUCAACCUCAAGCAGUUCAAGCGCACCCGGGGCAGCCUGCUCACCGUGGAGAAGAGCGACGGCUCCGGGCCCGUGUUCGAGGUCAUCUCCAACGGCAAGGCCAACACCCUGGACGUGGUGUACGCCACCGACAGCCAGCAGCACGUCGUGUCCAUCGAGGACGCCGGCCUCGCCACCGGCCACUGGAAGAACAUCACGCUGUUCGUGCAGGAGGACAAGGCGCAGCUGUUCGUGGGCUGCGAGGAGAUCAACGUGGCGGAGAUGGACGUCUCCAUCCAGACCGUGCUGUCCCGGGAGGUGGCGGACGCAGCCAGGCUCAGGAUCGGAAAGGCGGCUGUAAAAGACAAGUUUAUGGGGGUGCUUCAGAAUGUGCACUUUGUCUUUGGUACCACCCUGGAUGCCAUACUGAGAAAUAAAGGCUGCCAAAGAGAAGCACUCUUAACUGAUGUCAUGACCCUGGACAAUCCAGUCAAUGGCUCCAGUCCCGCUAUUAGGACCGAUUACACCGGCCACAAAGCCAAAGAUCUCCAGUCUGUCUGCGGCUUCUCCUGUGAAGACAUCGCCAGCAUGUUUAAGGAGCUCCGGGGACUCAAUGUGAUUGUUAAACAGCUGUCAAAUGAGCUCCAGAAAGUGUCUACAGACAGCCAGUCACUGAGAACCCAAAUGAAAAUCCACAGUGGAGUCUGCAUCCAUAACGGCAUUGUGCACAAUGACAAAGAUGAGUGGACGGUGGACGGCUGCACCGAGUGCACCUGUCAGAACUCUGCUACAGUGUGCCGUAAAAUCUCCUGUCCCCUGAUCCCAUGUGCCAACGCCACUGUCCCUGAUGGAGAAUGCUGCCCCCGCUGUGGAACCCCGAGUGACCAUGCAGAGGACGGCUGGUCCGCCUGGUCUGACUGGACCCAUUGUUCGGUGACUUGUGGCCGCGGCAUCCAACAGCGUGGACGCUCCUGUGACCGCAUCAACAGCAAGUGUGAGGGCACCUCUGUCCAGACCCGUGACUGCUACCCGGAGGAAUGUGACAAGCGCUUCAAACAGGAUGGAGGAUGGAGCCACUGGUCACCCUGGUCCUCUUGCUCUGUGACCUGUGGAGAGGGGGUCAUGACACAAAUCCGCCUCUGCAACUCCCCCACUCCCCAGAUGGGCGGAAGGGACUGCGAGGGAGAAGGGCGUCACACCAAAGUCUGCCAGAAGUCUGCUUGUCCUAUCAAUGGAGGUUGGGGACCUUGGUCACCUUGGGACACCUGCUCUGUUACCUGUGGCGGAGGAAUCCAAAACCGGAAGCGUCUCUGCACAGACCCUGCACCCAAAUACGGUGGAAAAGAUUGUGUGGGAGAUGCUACUGUGAUGCAAGUCUGCAACAAAGAGGAAUGUCCAAUUGACGGUUGUCUUUCAAGCCCAUGCUUCCCUGGCGCAAAGUGCAACAGCUUCCCCGAUGGCUCCUUCAAGUGUGGCAAGUGUCCUCUGGGAUACGCUGGUGAUGGUGUCGCAUGCAAGGACGUAGAUGAAUGCAAAGAGGUCCCAGAUGCUUGCCACACUCACAAUGGCGCCCAUCGCUGUGAGAACACUGAGCCGGGUUACAACUGUCUCCCCUGCCCUGCACGUUUCUCUGGUCCCCAGCCCUUUGGAAGAGGAGUGGAACAGGCAAUUGCUAAGAAACAGGUUUGCAGUCCCCGUAACCCUUGCCGAGACGGUAGCCACAACUGUCAUAAAAAUGCAAACUGCAUCUACUUGGGGGUCUAUUCCGAGUCCAUGUUCCGCUGCGAAUGCAAACCAGGCUAUGCUGGGAACGGCCGGAUAUGUGGAGAGGACACUGACCUGGACGGCUGGCCCAACACUAACCUGCACUGUGUGGAGAACGCCACCUAUCAUUGCAAGAAGGAUAACUGCCCCAACCUCCCCAACUCUGGCCAGGAAGAUCAUGACAAAGAUGGUCUGGGGGAUGAAUGUGACCAUGAUGAUGACAAUGAUGGGAUCCCCGAUGAUAGGGACAACUGCCCAAGAGUAUACAACCCCGCCCAGUAUGACGCUGACAGGGAUGACGUUGGCGACCGCUGUGACAACUGUGUGUUUGAAGCCAACACCGAUCAAACUGACACUGACAACAACGGAGAGGGUGAUGCCUGUGCUGUUGAUAUCGAUGGCGAUGGUAUUCUAAACGAGAAUGACAACUGCCCGUACGUGUACAACGUGGACCAGAGAGACACCGACAGGGAUGGGGUGGGAGAUCACUGCGAUAACUGUCCUCUGGAGCACAAUCCAGAUCAGAUCGACUCUGACUCAGAUCGUAUAGGAGACAAGUGCGAUAACAACCAGGACAUUGAUGAAGACGGUCACCAGAACAACUUGGACAACUGCCCAUACAUCGCCAACGCCAACCAAGUAGACCACGACAAGGAUGGCAAGGGCGAUGCCUGCGACCAUGACGACGACAAUGACGGCAUCCCCGAUGACAAAGACAACUGUCGACUGGCCUUUAACCCCGAUCAACUGGACUCCGAUGGCGAUGGGCGCGGUGACGUGUGCAAAGACGAUUUUGACCAAGACAACAUUCUGGACAUCUAUGACGUGUGCCCAGAGAACUUUGACAUCAGUGAAACAGACUUCCGCAGGUUCCAGAUGGUUCCCCUGGAUCCAAAGGGCACUUCUCAGAUUGACCCCAACUGGGUGGUGCGGCAUCAGGGCAAGGAGCUGGUGCAAACCGUCAACUGUGACCCAGGCAUUGCUGUUGGUUUCGAUGAAUUCAGCGCCGUGGAUUUCAGUGGGACAUUCUUCAUCAACACCGACAGAGAUGACGACUACGCCGGCUUUGUUUUUGGCUACCAGUCAAGCUCCCGCUUCUACACAGUGAUGUGGAAACAGAUCACACAGACCUACUGGUCCCACACACCCACAAGAGCUCAAGGCUACUCCGGAUUGUCAAUCAAAGUGGUCAACUCCACCACAGGGCCUGGCGAGCACCUGAGGAACGCCCUGUGGCACACCGGAGACACCGCCGGACAGGUUCGCACUCUGUGGCACGACCCCAAGAACAUUGGCUGGAAGGACUUCACCGCCUACAGAUGGCACCUGACCCACAGACCCAAGACCGGACUUAUUAGAGUGGUCAUGUACGAAGGCAAGAGAAUCAUGGCUGAUUCUGGAAACAUCUACGACAAGACAUAUGCCGGAGGCCGACUAGGCUUGUACGUCUUCUCUCAGGAGAUGGUUUACUUCUCUGACCUCAAAUACGAAUGUAGAGAUACAUAAGUGGAACCUGGAACCUUCAAAAGAAUGUAUCUGAACAAAUCUAUAAUACAAGACCUGGAAUGAUUUCUAUUUAACUUUUUUCCUUUGAGAAAAUGCACAUUGGAGGUAUGUGGAGCGAAUGAACUAGCAUGAGGUCAAACGACCUCAGGAGUUAAAGCCAAAUGAAAGUUCAAUGAUUAUUCUGCAACAAACUCAAAUUGUGAGCGCAGCUUUGCUUGGAAGAAAUAUGCUCUCUCACUCUGUCUGUGCAGAACGAGGGCCACAUUUUAGUGCUUUGCACACCUGAACUGUCAUCCGUCUGUGGACGAGAGAGCAAAUAGAAGAGUACUUUUUUUGGAUUUUUCUUAUCUGAUUUUUGAGCAUUAAGAUACAUCUGCUGUGGACUCAAAUGUAAGAUUUGUAGUAUGAAGAAAGCAGUAGGAGAAUUUUCUUAGGCUGGGGGCAAAAAUGCCCUGAGAAGGACCUGUUGAGGGACGGAGGACAGUAUGGACUGGCUGUUACUAUCUAUCUAAGAGAGUGAAUGCUGAAAAAGUGUGCUUGUGCAUGUGUACCACCCAACAAGUGUAGUUACGAGUUACCCAAGUCCAAAUUCGAUACAAAAAUUCGUCAGAUGACCCACCACACCAGCUGCUACAGACACGCACAAACCAGCCAUGUCUGUAGCAGAGAUGAUGAGCUGGCCCAAACAUUAGACUUCUCAGGAAAUCCUCAAAGGGUCGAGUCAAGUCUGCUGGGCUUCCUUUUCUUGGUUGUUGAAGUAGUGGAGAAGCUUUCUGGGUGCAACAUGAAACAUCUUCAGGGACCAAGUAAAGCGAGUCCAGCUGUCUUGAUUUAAGGCUUUGAGGAUUACCAUGACCUGGAUGACUGAGAGUCUACACCAGUGUACUUCUCAGGAAAAAGAGUGCUAGAAGAAAGCAGAAUAAUCAGGACAGCACAGGGCAUCGAAGCAGACACACUGCACGCUGCUUUGGAACAGUAAUCAUCGGCAAAUAUCAUGUUAAUAUCUCUCAUUUCUACUGAACAUCAAGGGACGUAAACACAGCGAGCCAGUCUCUUUCAUAAGUAUGGCUUUCUGUUUUUACUUCAAAGAGGCGUCGCCAUCAUUAAAUGUUAGUUUAACUAAUCAGGGCAGUAAAAUAUAAGUGUUCUGCUUCUGCACAGUGUGCAUGACUGGUGUGGCUGAGCUUGAGUGUUCAUUUCUGACAAAAGGGUUGAAAAAAGAAACCCUUUAUGUACAAAUAUUACCUCAUAAAUUCUUUUUGUAUUGAGGCCAGCAAUACACAAGAAUCACUUUCUUAGCGACAGAGUAUAAACUGAUUGGCUUCGUUGUUUUAAGCAUUUAGUAUCUUUUAUAUGCUGUAUAUAGGAUAUUUUUGUAGCAAAAGAAGCCCAAACAGGAAAGGAUUAAAGAAAUGUUGUCUUAACUCUGUUUUGCGUAUUUCCUGUGCAGUUUUGAUAAAUUAUUAUGUCUGUUUUAUGUCAUUUGUGUAGAUAUAUGCUAUUUAAAUAAUUUAUCUAGAAGCGUAGCCACUUAUGGGCACGUUUCUAUCUGUAUAAACAUUUUUUUGCACACUGACAUGAGGAUGUCUUUGUUGUUUCAUUUUUGUAUGUGUCCUUUUUAAUUAUUAGUGAAGCUUUUAUAUAAACAUUUGUACAAUAGUUUCUACCCAAAGUGCUGUUUAUACUCAUACCUGAUAUUUUGUAAUGUCAAGUGAACAAUAAACAAGACAAAAAAAAGA